AUAUUGCCUAUGGUCCAAAAAUAAGGAGCAACUAUGUCCUUCUCUCAGUUCGGAUACCCCUACAGCACCACUUCACAGUUCUUCGUACCCGCCAGUCCCAGUACGACCUGCUGCGAGGCCGCCCCCCGCUCCGUGCCGGAUGCCUCCUCGGCGCCGGCCGCCGCCUCUCUCUGCUGUGCCCCGUACGAGGGCCGGCUGCUGGCGCCCGGCCGCGCCGAGCUCAAUGCGGCGCUGGGCAUGUACGGUGCCCCGUACGCCGCCGGCCAGGGCUACGGCAACUACCUGCCCUACAGCGCCGAGCCCGCCGCGCUCUACACUGCGCUGAGCCCCCAGUAUGAGAUCAAGGACGGCGCCGGCGCGUUGCACUCGGGGAUCGCGCAGCCCGCUGCCUACUACUCCUACGAUCAUUCCUUGGGGCAGUACCAGUACGACAGCAGGUAUGGGACGGUGGAUUUCAGUGGUUCUGCCAGACGCAAAAAUGCAACGCGAGAGACGACGAGCACCCUCAAGACCUGGUUGUACGAGCACCGCAAAAACCCCUACCCCACCAAAGGAGAGAAAAUCAUGCUGGCCAUCAUCACCAAAAUGACCCUGACACAAGUGUCUACUUGGUUUGCUAACGCCAGACGGAGGCUCAAGAAAGAGAACAAAAUGACCUGGUCUCCCAAGAACAAAGCGGGGGAAGAGAGGAAAGAAGAGACCCCGCGGGAAGAGGAGGAAUACAGCGCGGAGAGUGAAGGCAGAGAGCAGAAGAGCUGCAAGGAGGACAAGGAGUUGCGGUUCAGCGACCUGGACGACCUGGAGGAGGAGGAGGAGGAGGAGGCGGGGAAGCCGGAGAAGGGCCGGGCCAGCUCCCUACAGGAAGCCCCCAGUCUCGGCUCGGCGCUGCCCCCGGGGCCACGCGGCGACUGCAGCCUGCCCGGCCCCUUCCGCGCCUUUCCCUGCGCCAAGGCGCCCACCGCGGACUUCGUCCCCGCCGCCCUGACCGGGCCGCCGCCGCCCUACGCGCCUGCGGAGAAGCCGCGCAUCUGGUCGCUGGCGCGCACCGCCGCGGCCAGCGCGGCGCGCAGGGGCAGCCCCGAGGGCGGCCGCGCGGAGGAAAGCGGCGACGGUGCGGCAGGGGAGCGGCCCCUGCCCGCUAAGGCCUUCCGGAGCUCCUCUUUCAACCUGCAGCCGCUCCCGCGGAGCUGCGCGUCCCACCGCGGCGUGGGGGAGCCGUGCCAGUACACGGCGGCGGGCGAAGGCUUCGGGAGGGGUGCCAAGGGCGGCCCGGGAGGCGCCGAGCUGGGCGGGACCUGCCUGGACAAGCUGCGGACGGCGUUCCGGCCGGUGCUGCGGAGGGCGGCCCGCCUCUUCCCGAGCGCUGGCGACGGGGCUCCGGCUGCAGGGAGGCUGUCGGCUCGAAACAACGAAAGAAGCUUCUCCCCGGCCCGGUGGUGCCCUCCCCAGCCCGCAGGCCCGGCCCGCCGCGGACACGUCCCGCCGCGGCACGACGUGCUGCUCACGAGGGGCUGAGCAGCCACACCCGCGGGACCCCGUGCUGCCUGCUCGCCGUUUGUUCAGCACCGCUCAUCGACGUCUCCGCAAGAAAAAAAGACUAAUAUUUUCUGGUUUUCCCCACGUCAUGGUUCGUUUCCCCUUUUGCUCCCAAACCUGCUCCCUCCACUCUGCACCCAACUCUGCCAAGGUGUGUUUGUUCAAGGUUGCUCCACACUGUCCCGAGUUCAGGGUUGCUCCACACUGUCCCGAGUUCAGGGUUGCUCCACACUGUCCCGAAGAGGAGGAGUGGUGCGGGUUAUGCCGAGCUGUUUGUUUCCUGUUGCUGUACGUAGAUACUGCUGAAAGUAUUUUUCAGAGUCUCUAAUUAACAGGGAUGAGCUGAACACCGUGAAACUGUCUCGUGACCCUUCAGGAGCUCUUCAGCCAGGAGCUGGCACAGCCCGUGAGGAGCAGGGCAUGGCCCCGGCCUGUCCCAGGCACCCAGGGCACAGCCAGGGCACCCUUGGGGCACCCCCGGGCAGCGAGUGGCAGCCGGGUGACGAAGUAGGACCUUGUUAGUGGGCCAGCACCAUCAGUCAGUGAAAAGAGCAGUGCUGCACUUUACAGGACAGACGAGAAAAGGAAACUGUAUCUCUGCAUUAUUUCUGUUUAAUUAAAAGUGUCAUCAAACACUUUGUGUUCAGACUAAUAAACUAAGCAGGGAUGAGGAAAGAAUGUUUCUUUGUUCCUGUCUCUAGAAGCAGUGGCAAUAAUUUAAAUUAAUAACUGUGGUAAUUAAGAGGUCAUCUAUAGAUCAACCCGAUACCUGCUAUUUCCAAGUUCACCAGGGUCAACAUUUACAUUAAGUCAUUUGUGGUCAAUAGAGUCCAAUGAAUUCUGCCUUAAUAA